AACCGCUGUAGUACAGAACGGCACAGAACAUUUCCUGUCCAGCACACCAAACAAACUCACCGCAGGCUAUGCCCUGCCUGCCGACUGGAAUUCAAAACUUUCGGGGCGGGUUGGUAUCUUUUGUCAUUUAUCAGCCUCAGAUAUGGGCAUUCCCUGCGGCGACGACGUUGUCUUGAUCCAAACGAGUAAGAGGCCCGACGAGCCCUCUGUCAUUACGGUGAAUUGCCCGGACAAGGCCGGGCUCGGGUGCGAUCUCUCUAGAAUAAUCCUCGAGUUUGGUCUUCGUAUUACCAAAGGAGAUUUUUCAAAGGAUGGAAGAUGGUGUUACGUGGUAUUGUGGGUUGUUCCACAUGAUAGCUCCCUUAAAGUUGACUGGGAAAGCUUGAAAACCCGACUUCUAUCUGUAUGCCCUUCUUAUUUGUUUUCAUAUUAUUUCAAUCAGCAAUCGAAUCAUCCCGCGCCAUCCCUGGUAUAUCUGUUAAAGAUUUGGUGCCUUGAUCAAACAGGAUCGUUACAUGAUGUCACGAAGGUUCUCUGUAAGCUUGAACUUACAAUUCAAAGAGUAAAAGUGAUGCCAACCCCGGAUGGGAAAGUUUUGGACCUGUUCUUUAUCACAGACGGCAUGGAACUGUUAGAAACAAAAAAGAGACGUGAUGAUGUCUGUGAACAUCUGAUGGCUGUUCUAGGAAACAAUUUUAUUACUAGUGAACUUCAGCUGGCAGGGCCGGAGUACAAACAACUGGAGGGUUUUUCAUCUCUUCCACCGGCAGUUGCUGAAGAACUAUUUAGUUACAAGCUGUCAAACGGGGACAUCAGUGUCUUGCAAGCUCUCUGCCCAGAUAUGUCAACGGCAGAGAAGGCAACUAUUACAGUAGACAAUUCAUUGAGCCCAUUGCAUACUUUGCUUCAGGUACGAUGUGUUGAUCAAAAGGGCCUGGUUUACGACAUAAUGAGGACAUCCAAGGACUUUGAUAUUCAGACCACCUAUGGCAGACUUUCUUCCAGUGUGAAAGGCUUCAGAAAUAUAGACCUAUUUAUCCAGCAAAACGAGAAGAAGAUCCUGGAUCCUGAUAGUCAGACGGCAUUGUGUUCUCGAUUAAAGGAGGAGAUGCUUCAUCCAUUGCGGGUGAUUAUUGCCAACCGGGGCCCUGAUAUUGAACUCUUAGUUGCUAAUCCAGUUGAGUCAUCUGGGAAGGGAAGACCCCGCGUAUUCUACGAUGUCACAUUCACUCUAAAAGCAUUAGGAGUAUGCAUUUUUUCGGCUGAAAUUGCAAGACAUUCAACAUCAGAUCGCCAGUGGGAAGUGUACAGAUUUCUCUUGAAUGAAACACACGAAUUCCCUUUGGCAAGCAAUCGAGCAAGAAUUCAGAUUGUGGACAAAGUUAGAAAAACAUUAAUGGGCUGGUGAGCUACCGCAUUUGAUAUAUUUUUCUGUGAGAAAAUGCAGUUUUGCCAUCAGAAUAGCAUGCAUAUCGCAUUUCCUCGACCCAAUCACAUCUCUGCACCACAAUUCCAUCUUGGUCUGUUGACAUGGACACACGAAUCUUCAGUUGUGCAGUUAAAAGCUUUUACCAGAUAUCGGAUCCAUAGAUGUUGUCGCAAGGCUCACGCCGUUUUUCUAGCUUAGUUAUCUAUGUAUCGAAUCAUCCAUGUAUUUAGCUCUUCACCUUCCGAUUCUACA